ACUUGUAUCGCGUUUAUUACUGAUUUUAGCUAGUACAUACAAAUUGAAAAUGCCGCCUGUUAAGAAACCCAAGGCCCAAAAGAUCGAGAAACAGACCACGCCCAAGAAAAGCGUUGAGAAAGCCAAGAAUGUGGUUUCCGGCCAGCUGAAGAAAAAGGUGGCCAAGGCCAAGCCCCAAAAGCCAAAGGGUCCGGAACGCGGCGUGGUCAUUGUGAAGCACCUGCCCCACGGAUUCUUCGAGCAGCAGUUGCGCCAGUACUUCCGCCAGUUCGGCCGGGUGCUCCGCGUCCGUUUGGCCCGAUCCCUGCGCACCGGAAACAGCAAGGGCUACGCCUUCGUGGAGUUCGAAUAUCCGGAGGUGGCCAAAGUGGCCGCCGACACCAUGGACAACUACCUAAUGUUCCAGAAGGUGGUCAAGGCAUCGUACAUUCCGCCGGAGAAGCAGGUCUUCAACUACUUCAAGACCUCCUUAAAGAAGGUCAAGAAUAAGGCCGGUAAGGAAAUCUACGUGUCGAAUUUGACCAAAGCCACGCAGCGCAGCGUGAAGCAGCAAAACAAUUGGGAUGAGACCGCUUGCCAAAAGCGCACCGUGGCCAACAUCAACAAGAUUAAGAAGCUCCAGGAGAAGUACAAGGACUUGGGCAUUGAUUUCUCCAGCCUACUGGUGGAGCCAGUCAAGAAGACAGAGAAAUCCACAGAAGCAGUGGCCAGCGAGGCAUCUACGAGCCAGGCAGCAGCAGCAGCAGCAGUCAAGACAGCUGGCAAGAAACAGAAACAGGCGGCCAAGAAGGAGCCAAAGCUGGAGGACCUGCUGGGCACCACCAUCAACGAGGACUCCGAUGAUGAGGACUACGUAGACGCUUCGGAUGAUGAAUCUGAGCUGGAGCUCGAUGAGCAAGAGGAGGAGGAGGCCAGCGAUGACAGCGACGAAGAGGAGGAACUGCCGACGCCGCCGCCCAAAAAGAAAAACAAGGCUGGCCUGACUGAUAAGCUGAAGCGCAAGCCCGGCACUGGCGGUGUGCAAAAGAAGAAACCCGCUCCGGUUGUGAAGAGCACCAAGAAUGCCGCCACCCAGAAACUGCAGCUGGCCGCAGCCAAAUCGCUGGCCAAACCCCUGCCCAAGGGAAAGGCCAAGAAGUCCAAGAAGUAGCUUAAAAUACCUUUACUAUAGUUGUUAAGUAAGCGAAACAUUUUGUAAGAUGAAUUGUGUUAAAAUAUGUCCUUGUACAAACUA